GUGUGGCGGAGGGCGGUGCCGCGGCCGGGGGAUGUGGCGAGCGUGACGUGAUCGUGUCCGCGUUGGAACCGGGGCGGCCGCGGCGAGCGUGACGUGGCAGAGACCGAGCGAGGUCCCCGGUCACAGAGCACCCGCCGCCGCCGCCGGGCUCCCCUCACGCGCGGAGGGAUCCGUGCGCGCACACCGGCCGGGCCGCGCUCCCUCCCGCCCUCCUUCCCUCAGUGCUCCCCCGCCGCCGCCCAGCGUCGCCGGAGCCGCCAUGGGCCUCACCAUCUCCUCGCUCUUCUCGCGCCUCUUCGGCAAGAAGCAGAUGCGCAUCCUUAUGGUUGGUUUGGAUGCUGCUGGUAAGACAACCAUUCUUUAUAAACUGAAACUAGGAGAAAUUGUCACCACAAUUCCCACUAUUGGUUUUAAUGUGGAGACGGUAGAAUAUAAAAACAUUUGUUUCACAGUUUGGGAUGUUGGUGGUCAAGAUAAAAUUAGACCUCUUUGGAGGCAUUAUUUCCAAAACACACAGGGCCUCAUUUUUGUGGUAGACAGCAAUGACAGAGAGAGAAUCCAGGAAGCAGCAGAAGAGCUGCAGAAAAUGCUUCAGGAGGAUGAGCUGCGAGAUGCAGUGCUGCUUCUGUUCGCAAACAAACAGGAUCUGCCAAAUGCCAUGGCAAUCAGUGAAAUGACAGAUAAACUAGGCCUUCAGUCUCUGCGUAACAGAACUUGGUAUGUCCAGGCUACCUGUGCUACACAAGGAACUGGUCUGUAUGAGGGACUUGACUGGCUGUCAAAUGAACUCUCAAAACGCUAAUUCCAACUGGAUGACUCUUUCACCAGGGACAUGUUUGAUAUAAGUGGUCUAGGCUUGUUACAACAAAAUUAGUUUGCAUCUUGGUUAUUACAAUAUCUGGAACUGAUAUUUCGGCAGGAUAUUACAGCGUUUCAACUUGUUUCGUUGCCAAUUAUUGUUUACCGAGCUACAUGUUGCAAAGGUAGCAAUAUGCUUGGGUAAAAAAAAUCUCCUUAACUUGGAAAAAGUGUAUCUUCUGAUUUUAUUCCCCUUGUUAGCCUAAAUGCCUGAAUAUAGUUAUUGUGACAUGUUUAAGAUCUGUUUUGAAUACUCUUUGAGCCCCAAUAAAUUAAUGUUUUAAUUUUUUUUUCUCCCUUCUACUCUUAGUUUACUGAUGCCCUGUUUCAUUCCUCAGACAGUCUGCUGAUUUAAAAAUGUAGCAUUCCGUAUGUAUUUAUUUCUCUCCCUUGCCAAAAAGAUUUCCUAAUACUGCUUGUUCCAAGCCAAGGAAAUGCUCUAAAACACUAUACAAAUCUACUGCACUGAGGAACAUUUUAUUAAUCCUUGGGUUCUGUCAGCCCAACUUGCCUUUGUGUGAAUUGGAUUUGAUGGGUAGAAUAGUUCUGUGCUGGUUGCGAAGAGCUCAUGUUGAGGUUGUUUUUAAUAUUCAGCAGAUUGUCUUCCUUUAUAUUGUAUCUUUUUUUUAUGUUGCAUGUUGCUUUUUGGUAUCAGCCUGACUAUUUUUGCCCAGUGUAUAAUAAUUCUGCUGAAGUUUUACUGUUUGUUGGUGAACAUAUCUUCAUAAGGAAAUUUUGGAAAAUUCAUCAAACUCAAUGGAUUAGUUUCUUCAUAACCCACUUGGAAUUAUUCCUAAUAAAAUUAUAAAAUGUAUAGUUCUGUGUAUGCUCUUCUUGAUUCCUGAAAUAGUUGAAUGUAAAUUAUCACUUAUUCUUUCUCCGUAUACUGAGCUUUCCUGCAGCUUGAAUAUGAACACCAGUCUCAGAUUUUCACUUGCUUGGAGCUGUGUAGAGUGAGACAUGGAAGGGAGGCAACCAAGUUGUAUACAGUGCAGUAGAGUAGCUGUCAUCGGGGCUUACAUAAUUCUGUAAUGUCUUUUGAAGUUGUAAAUCUAAAAUUCCUUUCAAGAUGUCCAGAUCUGAAAAUACUAACAAUUUAAAAAAAUUGUAAUAAAACAAAUUUGAACUGCCUGAAAAGCA